AUGGAGAAUUUGACUUUCGAUACAACAAAUUGCAGCAAUCUCAUUCACGAAUUGCUACAAAAACAGAGGCAAAUUGAGACUGAAUUUGAAAUCGAUUUAAAUCGAUCGAUUAUAGAAGAAGAAGAAACUAAUUGUUUUGGAGAUGAAUUCGUACCAAUAUUCAACAAUCAAGACAAUGCAGAUGAAGCAAUCGAUAAUGCAGAUGAAGCAAUUGAGAAUGCAGAAGACGCAAUUCACAAUGCAGAAAAUCAAGUGUUACCCUAUUUAUGCUCAAAUGUUACACUCAGAUUGUAUGCUGAAAAUUCAGAUUAUACAAAUCCAAUUGAUGCUUAUGGUUUAGAUCUUAGAGGAUCAUUUGUUGGUGUGUUAAGAGAAACUUUUGAAGAAAUUUUGGAAUUGUAUGAAAAACAUGCUGCUAUACUGGGGUUUUCAAUAAGAAAACAUACAACUAGAUUCAAACAACACACAAAAAUAGUAACUGAGAAAAACUAUGCGUGUUCUGCUGAGGGAAAGAGACAUUCAGGUCAGAAGAAAACAAAGUUAGUUGAAAUGGUUGAUGAAGAGGAUGUAAAUGUAAAAACAAGAAAGCCAAUACAAGUAUCCAUUACAAGAUCAAAUUGCAAGGCAUGCAUAAGAGCAAAAGUGAAUAAAGAAGGACAGUUUGAGGUGGUGGCUCAUGUUAUUCAGCAUAACCACGAGCUAACAAAGCCACAGUGGCAUUAUUUGCAUCGUUCUGAAAGAAAAAUGACAGAGGAAAAAGUUGUAACAAUCAAAACAAUGAAAUCUUCAGGUCUAACUACCAUGGACACUUACAAUUACAUGGCUACAGAGGCUGGAGGAGAACAGAAUAUAGGCCAUAGUGUUGUAGAUCACCUAAAUUUCUGCUCAAGGUUAAGAAUGGAACAAAUUGAGGCUGGAGAUGCUCAAACUUUAGUGAACAUUUUAAGUCAGGAACAAUCAGAGGAUCCAAACUUCUUUUUUAGAGUGAAGUUUGACAAAGAAGGAAGAAUUUGCAAUAUCUUUUGGAGAGAUUCAAUGAUGCUAGAAGACUAUAGGAUAUAUGGAGAUGUUCUUGUCUUUGAUACAACAUACAUAACCAACAGAUAUAAUCUUAUAUGUGCUCCAUUUGUUGGCAUAAAUAACCACUGGCAUAAUUGUAUGUUUGCUUGUGCUUUUAUUGGGGAUGAAACGACAGAUUCAUUUGUGUGGUUACUACAAACCUUCUUCAAAGCUAUGGAGGAUAGAAAACCAACUUCAAUAUUCACUGACCAGGAUCAAGCAAUGGCAAAUGCUAUACUGGAGGUGAUUCCUAAUACAAGACAUAGACUUUGUAUAUGGCAUUUGGAGCAAAAUGCCAUAACCAGAUUUGGAGCUCUUAAAAAAGACAAAGAAUUCAAAUUUGCAUUCAACCAGUGCUUAAAGAUGUGUGUGACAGAACAAGAAUUCGAAGCAAAGUGGCAAGCAAUGUUGCAAAAAUAUGAGUUGACAGAACACUCUUGGUACAAAAGAGUGUAUGAGUUGAAAGACAAAUGGUGUCCUGCCCUUUGUAGAGAUUUCUUUUCAGCAGGGAUCUUAUCGUCACAAAGGAGUGAAAGCACUAAUCAUGCCAUAGGAUUCAGAGCAAGUAAAGCAACUACUUUGACAGAAUUUUAUACCAUAUUUAAGAAGACAACUAAUCGUUGGAGAAGCACAGAGAAAUAUGAUGAGUUUACCUGUAGCAAGUCAAUAGCAUUCACUUCAUUGCCUCUAUCUGGAAUGCUAAAGCAUGCCGCACAGGUAAAAAGUUAA